AUGUUAGUGGAUGAUUUUUUGCUGAGCAUCGCCGACCUAAGUUCCGACGCACCACCAGAUGGAGAAAGGGGUGCUUUUGCUGAACCCGGUAUUACCUCAAUAUCGGAAAAUAGCGACGCUGACCAUAGCCAACCUAUUAGGCCAGAGGUAGAUCAACAUGAGCCAUAUUAUCAUCAGCGCCAACAUCUGCCUCAAAAUGCACAGUUCCAUCAACAUCAUCUCCAGAAAAACCAAUUAAAUCAGCCGAUUUCAUGUUCUGAACCGGCUCUUAGAGAUAACUCAGAAUCGUCUAACCAGACAUCUGUAUUUCUCGAUGGUUCUGAUAUUUCAAAACAUAGUUGUGCAGAAGCAGAUCUGCCCGCGAUCCAACAGAACUAUCUCCAGCAGCCUCAUAAACAGCCACAACAGACUCAUCACCAUCAACCAACCCAACAACAACAUAGUCAUCUUUUGCAGCAUCACGAACAAUCCCAGCCUAUUCAGAGUCAGUGUCAUGGCCAGCAUACAGGGAAUGUCGCCUUUCAACCGAAAGCUGAUCAACCGGUUCUGCAUGCUUCUCCACUUCAUUCUGGACAGCUCAGUCUGGAUGGGACUUUGGAAACAGGAAGACAGUCUUGGCAAUCGAAUUUGCCAUUAUCCGGAAGUCAUCAAAUGGUAAUUAUUUAA